AUUCACUGCUUGAAUCCAAAGGAGAGUAUAGAGGAUUUGUAGUCUUGUAGCUCUAUCUAGCUAGUAGUAGUAGUGAUGGGAAAAAGAAGAAAAACCCACACAAAAGACGUACCGGGGCCAUUCACUUGAACGAGUAAGAGAGUAAAGAGGAUAUUGUAGUUUUGUAUCUCUAUACAAACGGGCCAUUCGCUUGAAUCCAAAGGAGAGUAGAGAAAAAAUAUGCAUAUGGAUUCCUUGGGAACAAGCAAUCUCAAUGCGGAGAAGGACAAGAAAGGGAAUAUAGAAGAGAGGGGAAGCUAGCUGCAUGGGUGUGAUGUAAUUGUUUUUACAAGAAAUUAAAAUGACCAAUGAGUUAAAGGGCGUCAAUUGUCUCAGUCGUGGUUGGCUUCUUAACAAUAAGAUUCCAAUCUCCUCUUCAGCUUCCCCAAUCACCAAUGGUGGCCUUGGCUUUUCUCACAGAGUUCCCUCCAAUUUAUUUACUCUUUCCAAUAGAUCUACACAGCAAAUUAGAGGUCAUCUAUUUCUUUAUGUUUUGUUGUCUAGUUGCAACUCUUGGACUCUAUAAAUACCAUUCCUAGCCUCAACUCUUUCGAGUUGUGUGUGUCUGUGUCUCCUAAUGGAUUCAACCGCCUCUACUCUGCUCCUGCGCCCUCCAUUGGAGCUCAAGGAUCGGACCAAGGACACCCGGGGUGUAGUUUUUGACUCGUCUUUGUUGAGAAAACAACCCAAUAUACCUACAGAGUUCAUUUGGUCACAUGGAGACUUGAUUUACCCACUUGAAGAGCUCAGAGAGCCUCUAGUAGACCUCCGGGGAUUCCUCAACGGUGACGAGAUGGCUACCAAUCAUGCAGCUGAGCUAGUCAGGGCAGCUUGCUUGAGCCACGGGUUCUUCCAAGUGAUCAACCAUGGUGUUGAUGCCCAUCUCAUUCAGGCUGCGCAUCAUCACAUGGAUGCAUUCUUCAAGCUCCCCAUCACCCAGAAACUCAGGGCCCGACGGAAGCCCGGUGGCAUGUGGGGAUACUCCGGCGCCCAUGCCGACCGCUUCUCCUCCAGUUUGCCAUGGAAGGAGACGCUCUCUUUUGGGUUCGAUGACCAUAGCUGUGAAACCAUGGUGACCGACUACUUCAAGUCCGUCCUAGGGGAAGAUUUUGAACAGACAGGGUCGAUUUACCAAAGAUAUUGUGAAUCAAUGAAGGAGUUAUCUCUAGUGAUUAUGGAGCUGUUGGGCAUCAGCUUGGGAAUAGAUCGCUUUCACUUCCGCAGAUUUUUCCAAGAUAGUAGCUCUAUAAUGAGAUGCAACUACUAUCCGCCCUGUCAGGAGCCUGGUCUCACCUUUGGCACAGGCCCCCACUGCGAUCCUACUGCUCUAACCAUCCUUCACCAAGAUCAAGUGGGAGGUCUACAAGUAUUUGCACAGAACAAAUGGCAGACUGUCCGGCCACGGAGUGAUGCCUUUGUCAUCAACAUUGGCGAUACCUUUAUGGCGUUAUCCAACGGAAGGUACAAGAGUUGCCUACAUAGAGCGGUGGUGAACAGGUACAGAGAGAGGAGAUCCUUAGCAUUCUUUGUGUGCCCGAAAGAAGACAAAGUGGUGAGACCCCCACAAGAUCUGGUGGGGAGAGAGGGGCCAAGGAAGUACCCGGACUUCACAUGGUUGGAUUUGCUUGAGUUCACACAAAAGCACUACAGAGCCGAUGUUAGAACACUCCAAAGCUUCACUCAGUGGUUUCUAUCUUCCAAACCACCACUCUACUAGCUCCUUUGGAUCCUUAUGUGAUCAUACUCUCUCUCUCUCUCUCUCUGACGUGUAUCUUGUGCAUCCAAGUGGAUGUAUUUUAGAUGGAGGAGGAGUCACGAGGCAUUAUUUGUUUUUCUUACCUUCUUUCAUUGUAAAUAGAAGGUGAUCAGCCUCCCAAAAAUCUUGUUGCUUUUGCUUUUAUUGAUAGGUGUUUAAUGUGUUUGGCAACGUGCAUGCAUGCUCUUAA